UUGAUAACCAACACAACACCCCAAAAUCCCCUUCUCCUUCCCCUUUUUCUGUCAACUUCUCUACACCAAUAUUAACCAAUUCAUUUCUUGCCCUUUUUUUUCCAUAUAAAUUAAACUUUAGAAUUAUUUCUAAAUUAUUUGGCUUGCAAUGGAAGAUCGGAAAGAGCAGAAGGCAGCACCAUGGCUAUCAGUGCCACAAUUUGGGGAUUGGGAUCAAAAAGGAGCAUUACCAGACUACUCAAUGGAUUUCUCAAAAAUAAGAGAGAAUAGGAAACAAAACAAGUCAAGAGCUAGUCUUGGAAAUGAGGAAGAAUUCAAUUCCAUCUCAACAACAAGUAAUAAUAAUGUGAAUACAAGCCAUUCAACCCAAAGCAAUGAUCAAACUUACCAUCAAAAACACUCUCCAACUCAUACAAGGAAAAGCAUUUUCAGUUGCUUCAAUUGUUGUGUGAAAGCUUGAAGAUUCUUGUGAUUGAUUAUGAUGUUCUAAUGUAAUGAUAAAUGUACCAAUAUAUUUAUAUAAGUUGAUCUCAUUCCCAUUUUUUGAAGUUGUUAGAAAUAGUAAAUUAAUAUUCUUGUUUUUUUUUCCACAUUUUGAUGAUUAACAACAAUUGUUUGUUAAGAAAUCGAGUGUUGAUGAUUGCUUCUUAUUGUCCGGAGCUUUAUCCUACAUUUUAUUUUUU